AUGUUGGUAGGCAUUGCAACACUGCUCUACUCGGCGGACUACCUGCCAGGAGCGUUCACGCUGGCGUUUCGCGUGCGUGAGCUCUUGGUUGAGUCACGCGAGCACCGCCUUGUACUUCUGGCCACACCGGAGGUACUUGACAACGUCUCCGAAGACGUACUGCGCGCCCUACACGAACUUUAUGACGAGGUUAUCCGCCUAGCGGGGGAUGAAUCGGCCAGCAAGACAGCUCUUGCACGCCACCGCACCAAUCUAGCGGCAUUGGGCCGCCCGGAGCUUGCGGACACGUUCCACAAGUUGCAGCUAUGGAAGCUCACGCAAUUCCGCAAGGUGCUCUACCUGGACUGCGACGCGUUCCCACUGCACUCAGGGUUUCUCGAAGCCGUAGACCAGGUGCCGGACCAGGCGCCUCGCCAGCUUGCCGCUGUACCCGACUGCGGCUGGCCCGACCUGUUCAAUAGCGGCGUCAUGGUACUAGUGCCCAGCCUUGCGGUGCACGGCGAGCUUGCUGCCCACGUCGAAACCGCACUUUCGAUCGACGGCGCAGAUCAGGGUCUGCUAAACCUGUUUUUUAACCGCGCCUGCCAUCGUGGCACCCUGCCCAACGAGUGGCGCACGCUCCCGUUCCUGUACAACGUCACCGUGCCGAACGCGGGCUACCAGGCCACGCCCGCGCUGGACUACUUCCGCCGGCGGAUCGCCGUGGUCCACUUUAUAGGCCACGAGAAGCCAUGGAUCUCGCGUGGCGUCUCAGACAGCUUCCGCGAGCUCUGGUGGCAAACCUACAAUCGUUUCCUGGCACGCCAUUUCUCAUGUCCCGCAUUCUCCACAGGCAAUGCAAGCGAGGGCCCCGAUGUGUCUGCUCCGCAAGCCGAUGGCACGCAGUCCUGGGCGCCCGCCCCGGAGUCGCGCCAAGCGGCGCGUGCCUUCGCAGCGCGCCCCGCUGCGCCCGCCCACGAUCCCUACUCUUCCGCGCCGGUCUGCGAGUCGCAUGCAGGGACACCGGUCUAUGAAUCGCAUGCAGGAGCACCGGCAUUUGAGUCGCAUUCCGGGGCACCGGCAUUUGAGUCGCAUUCUGGGGCGCCAGCCUAUGAGUCGCAUGCGGGGGCGCCAGCCGCCGAGCAACAGCCCCAGGCCUAUUCCCAGUCUUGGGCGCCGCUACCCAGCCCGCAGCCCCCCGCGCCGGCCCCCAAAACGCAUCUCUGGACGCCGAUGCAGGAGCCGCAACUCGCCGUGCCGAGCUGCCCCGAACCAUUGCCCUCGGCGCCAUGUGCCUGGGACGGGACCAAAGAGCCGCCCUCGAAGGACGCCCCGCCCGAGGCGUACAAGCUGGCACUCGUCGGUACCUACAGCUGGAGCACAGCCUCGCCGACCUUGGUCCCUGAGGAUGCGCUGUUGGCGGAGUCCGCCAGCCUCGGUUCGCCAUUCCACUCCUGCAAGUCCACUGACAAGCUACCGCUCUGCAAUCCGAGCCCCGGCCCUCCGCGGCCCGCGCCUGCCGCCGCCCCCAGGCCCCCGGGAAUCCACUUGCCAGCGCCGGCAGCGCCCGCACGCCCGCGCCCUGUCCGUUCUUCUCUGCAGCCUGCGCCUGAGCUCCUGCGUCCCGAGCCGCCCGCCGUGGCCCCCGCCGCUGCCAGCUCCAGUGCCGCACCGGCCCCGCCCGCCGCACCUGCGGCUGAUCCCGCGCCAACCGAGGCUCCAAGAGCUAGUCCCGCGCCUGCUGCCGCCGCUGCUCCGCCAUUGUUCCCCUGGGAGCGCUACAAACCCAAGUCAACCCGGGUUUUCCCGGAAUGA